UGAGCUGUCGCGCGUGUAAAAUCAAUGCGCCGCUCUGUCCAUCCGGUGGAGAGAGAGAGAAACCGAGAGAGACGGUGGAGAGAGAGAGGGGUAGGCGAAGGCGUUUUAGAGAGAAUCUCGCUGAAGAAGACGAACAACCAGACCUUUCAAUCUGUUGAAAACCCUAGAAUAUGGGAGUUUCUCGAAUCUGAAUGGGAACCUUAACCCUCGUUGGAUUGACUUGUUACCGAUCCCUCCGCUUCUGUUGGUCUUGGAUCCGCCGGGACGCGCCUUUCUUCUCCGGAGGGUGAGCUGUUUUUCCGUCAGAUCAACACACGAACGAAGAAGUGAUUGCUUCCGUGGAGAAUGCUAGAUUUCUGUGCCGUGUUGAUCAUAAAAGCGUAAUAGAAAUCUUAAGGAAAAAGUGAUCUUGACCAUUGAGAGAGAGAGAUGGGUAGUCCAGGAUCAGGUCCCUCGGAUUGUACGGUCGGGUCGAUCGUAUGGGUGAGGAGGAGGAACGGAUCGUGGUGGCCGGGGAAGAUUCUGGGCCCAGAAGAGCUUGACGCUACUCAUCUCACGUCGCCGAGAUCCGGGACGCCGGUGAAGCUCCUUGGGAGAGAGGAUGCAAGUGUGGAUUGGUACAAUUUAGAGAAGUCCAAGCGCGUCAAAGCAUUUCGGUGUGGUGAUUUUGAUGAGUGCAUUGAGAGGGUGGAAUCUGCGCAGGGGUUGCCAAUAAGAAAAAGAGAGAAAUAUGCUCGACGAGAAGAUGCUAUUCUCCAUGCUCUUGAACUCGAGAAGGAAAUGCUGAAAAAUGAAGGAAAAUCAAUUCCUGAAAAGGUUAGAAAUAAGUCUCCUGAUGCAACCAAAGAGAGGUUAAUUGUCUCUCGGGAUCAAGACAUCUGUAACGGAAAACAAGAAUCCCCUAGAUGUUUAAGAUCGAACCAUGUUGGUGAUGGUCUCCAUUCGCAAAAAGAGAAAGAGAAAGAUUUGCCAGGUUGUGAAGGUGAUCAUAUUGAAACUGCUCCUCGGAUGAGAGGCUUGCAAGACUUUGGGCUUAGAACUGCCUCUUCAAAGCGAAAGUUACCGUGUUCUAAUGGUCCUUAUACUUCCUCAAAGCCUGUGGCCAGCGGUAACUCUCCAGCAUCUUCCAGUGGAGACCAUAGCAUGGAGAGGUCCAAUUAUGCUCUUGAAAAGGAGCACAUCGGAAGUACAUUCCAGAGCAAAAGGCCCAGAUAUAUGUUUGCACCAACUGAGUCUAAUGAUGCUUUAGACUUACAGGAGAGUGUACUAAGCCAGAGGGAGAUGGUGCAUUCCUCAUUUGCUGGUGGUGAUUCUCAUCAGCCGUUUUCAGUAGAGGACCCCCCUGAAUUUUUAGAAGACAUCGGAUCUGAAUCACCUGAACCGGACACUGAUUCUUCUGAGACAGAGGAGGAUACGGAUGAUGAUAUACCCAUUAUCUCAGGAGCUGGGCGUCACUCAGAACGCAGCCAACAUGUUUUAAGUAGACAUAUGGCUGCAGAAGAUGAAAGCACAAGCAAUGAGGAUCACGAUGAUUCAUCUUUUUCGGGUGACUCUUCUUACCUUUAUCCUCACGAUCCUGAUUUUGGCUAUGAAGCUGUUUCCAAAUGGCAACUCAAAGGUAAAAGAAACAUCCGAAAUCUUCCAAGAAGGUCUUCAGGUAAGACCGAACAUGGGACAUUUCGAGAAUUCAAGAAAACCGCUUUUGGCCAAAAGCCACUCGGAUAUGGUUUGGAUUCUAAUGGGGCACAUGAUAUGAGUGAUGGAACCGAUGACACCGAUCACUAUGAAAGGGGGUUUGGGGCCAAAAUGAUUGAACUAUCUGACGAGGGUUAUCUGCCUUCAAAGAGGAUUGCAUCUAGAUCCAGGAACAUAUUAAGCCGUGACAUGCUUGACUGGGAUGAUGAUCCCUGGGAUGGCCCGAUUGGUACAAAAAGGCUCUGGGAGGUAAAACCCGAUGGUUUCAGGCCGGAGUUUGGUGCCUCUCAUCAGUUUGGUGGGAAAAUGCGUUCACCGUUGAUAGAUGUGGAGCUAGAAGUGCAAGGGUGCUAUCAGAAGGGGCCUGUCCCCAUUGUCUCCCUCAUGAGCAAAUUAGAUGGAAGGGCGAUAAUAGGGCAUCCUAUUGGAAUCGAAGUCUUAGUAGAUGGUUCAUCCGAGACAUAUCUUCAUACCACUGUUUCCUAUGGUAAUGAAACAACAUAUCAUGGCAAACCCUUUGUACUUCCCCCUGCAUGGAAGACAGCCAGAAGGAGUAAUUCACGAGUUCCACGGCUGCAUCCAUUCUCAUCACUGGAAAUCGACGACGGUGCAAAGGACGACCGUUCUUUGGCGGAUCAGGGAAGAAAACAGCUGGUUAAGAAAUCCAGCCUGGGAAACUUCAGCAAUGAUACUAACUCGGUUAGGAGAAGUGUAGUGCGGAUUCCACGGCCACCUACAGAGAGAAGGCAGCAGCAGCAGAAGAAUCAGACAAAGAAAACAAGUGCAUCAUCCAUUCAAAAGACAAGGGCACUCUCGUCAUUUGGCAGCGAACAAAGGCACGGGAUGAAGCCACCACGUGACAGCGGUAGUAACUCACAGAUGCACAAUCUCUCUAACAGGCGAGUGCCACCUACAGUGGCCUGCAUACCCGUUAAGUUAGUAUUCAGUAGAUUACUUGAGAAGAUAAAUAGGCCACCAUCAAAACCAGCAGGGAAGACGUUCAUGCCGAGUAGGUGAGAGAAGAAGAGAUCAAUCAUAAGGAGGUGCAUUGUGUAGCUCACUUGCAGGUACAACCAUGGUCGAAUUUCUCUUCCCUAUUCGGUUUUUAGAGCACCAGUUAGUUUGUAGGAAGAAGAGACUUACGUAGAGAAGGAUUACGGGUACAGAAGGGGAAGUAGGAAAGAGCUAAAGAAAGAUCAUGUCAUGUAGGGGGUUGAUUGUAUAUUUCCUCGAGAAGCUAUGUAUGUUUGGUUAGCCUUAGCAUUAGUUUUUCAAGUGGUCUUGUCAUUUGAUGUUUGGAACAUCCAUUCAAGACAACUUUAACAAUUCUUGAUUGUUCUUGCCGCAUACUUUAUAACCUGUAAAUGAUAAAAGUUGGCACAA